ACUUUAUUGACAUUUGCCAGUACACAGCAAUAAACGACACGCGAAAAAGUUGAACGUUUUUUUUUCUGACGUUCAAGGCUAGCCGGAUAUUGGUCAAAUAAUUAUAGUAUGUACGAACCUUCACGAAAAGUAGUUCAGACAGCGUACGAGAAAAAUUUUAAACAAAACAUUUCAUCGCUUCCAAGUUUUGAACGUUUGAAAAAAAUCUGUUCAGUGAUGAGAGAAAAAGUCGACCUACAACUAGGCCAGGACAGACCUAGUCUGACAACCGCCAUGCAUCCGAAGAAGCUGUUCACAUUCUUCGUGUGUAGCUGUUGCGUAUCAGUCAUACUCAUAGUCUUCGGGACAUUGCUGAUUUGCUUCACGCACAUCAUCUACGAAGCCAUCCUCAAAGGGAACUUGGUGCUUCAGCCUGGAUCCAGCGCAUUCCAAGUUUGGGUAAAGAACCCAGUACCAUUAUAUCUGAAGCUCUACCUCUUCAACUGGACAAAUCCGAAAGAUAUCAAUAACCAUACAAUAAAGCCCCAUUUCCAGAAGAUAGGGCCGUACACCUUCUAUGAGACGAAAGAAAAAACUAACAUCACCUGGAACAAUAAUAACACCGUGACCUACAAGAAUAUGAAGAAAUGGUGGUAUGUUCCGGAGAAAAGCAACGGAACUCUUGCUGAUACCGUUAUCAGCGUCAAUCCGGUUGCUUUCUCAGCUGCCUAUACGGUCAGAGACUUCCAUUUCAUAGUGAAGAAGACAUUUUCCGGAGUGUUAUCCAGCAUGGUCCAGACUGUGGAGGCGGUCCGUCCAGUAGGAGACGUACUGUUCGACGGUUAUACGGACGCGUUGCUGAGCAUAGCUGCCAAACUACCAUUCCUGUCCAAGAACAACAUCCCCAACAUGGACAAAUUCGGCUGGUUUUACGGUAGAAAUGGAUCUGAGGAUUUCGACGGGGAGUUUAACAUAGACACCGGAAGGUCCGAUGGAAAAAUCGGAGAACUGGAACGGUGGAAGUUUCAGGAGCACACUCCAUACUAUCCAGGAAAAUGUGGGAGAUUCGACGGAGCCUCUGCCGGUGAUUUCUUCCCGGGGAAUCUGAAGAAAGACAGCAUUGUUAAGAUGUUCUCCUCCGAUUUAUGCAGGUAUGUUGAACUAGAAUUUGCAGAGGAAGUCAUGAUACACGGCAUAACGGGUUACAAGUUCAUAGCAGGACAGAAGUUCUUAGACAACGGUACAAAAGUUCCUGAAAAUAAGUGCUUCUGUGACGGCGACUGUAUGCCUUCUGGAGCUUUGAACGUAUCAAAUUGCAGACAUGGCUCUCCAGCCUUUGUGACGCUGCCCAAUUACUAUAGCGCUGAUCCGUACUACACCAGGCACAUCGAAGGAGUGGUACCUGACAAGGAGAGGGACGAGUUCUACAUGAUUUUUGAACCGAAAACUGGGAUACCUCUGGAAGUUGCAGCAAGGUUACAGCUGAACUUGAGGAUACAGCCAAUUCCGGGUGUGGCAUUAUACCGAGACCUUCCCACGGUCUUCUUCCCGGUGCUGUACUUCGAACAACAUGUCCUCCUUCCGGAGGACAUGACCAUGAGCAUCAAGCUUCUGGUCCAUUUCGAGAUCAUAUGUCUAGCCGUAGGAGUUUUCUGCAUAUCUGCAGGUCUUCUGGCACAGUUCUGCCUUUGCUACAAAGCUUGUAACACCAAAUUGAUCCAAAGAAAGGCGUCAAAGCGAAGAAACGAACUUGAGGAUCGCAGUAUUAAAGAACAAGUUCCUUUGAAACGGUGGGACUGAAAAGUUAAGAGUGUAUACAAAGAUUGUGAGUGUCAGUGUAACUGAAGGAUUAUUCGGUGAUAUUUCCUGAACCAACUGACUUAAGGAGACUUUUUAUAGUGAAUAUGGUUCCAUUCAGUUGGUUGUUAGUGCACAGUUGGUAAGUUUAUCAGGUCGGAUAAUCCGGAAACAAGACAAUGUUAAUGGAAAAAGGAAAGAAAGGAGGCAGAGUACAAGGAGGAAAAGAUAGUCUUUUAGGAAAGGAAGCGAUUACGUAUUGUCGAUAGAAUCGUCCAUCUGCCAAAGAUGCAGGCUCUUUGAAAAAUAAUUAGAAUUAUAUUGGAUAAAACUUUUUGGAUAACUAUAAGCGGAAACAUUAGCAGAAGUAGAAGAAAGAGUUGACAAGAGCUGUCAAAGUUACGGUUAAUAUCGAAAAACACAGAUGUUAGAAGUAAUUUCUUAAAUACUCACUUAUAUCGUUUAUGAUCAAGCACAGUGUCGACAGUUAUUGGAAAAUGUAAAAAUCUGCCUUAUUCCGGUCAAAAUUUCGUGGACUUCUCUCUCAGUUUGUACAUCAAGAUAUUUAAGCAAGUAUUUGUUUUAUAACUCCAAAUUAAAUUGGGCUUCAAAAUGAGAGAUACCGAUCUCUGAACUUAUAUACCUUGCCAAAGUAUAGCAUUGCCAAAAAAUACUAAAACUUCGCGUCUAUGUUUGAUAAUUUCUCUCUGUGUAUACUAAUCUAGAUGAAAAAGCAUCUAUAUUGUUAGUACCGAUAAAAAAAUACACAAUACUCUAAAAUGAUUUUUAUGUUUUAAUCGUUGUUAUUGCCAUCCAAACAUUUAACCAAGUACACAAAUAUAUUUUUCACAAUAAUAUAAAUUACUUCAUAAUAUAGAUACAGAUCGAAGCAGUAAAAUUUGUGAUUGUGUUAAAAAAUGAAUGUUUUUACAGAAAUACACGCUAGCAAAAUCAACAUGCAAAGGCAUUGAAGCUAAAGACUUGCAUCAGAGAAGUAAAGUUUCUCCGAUAUUGACUAUAUUUUUUUGAUGAGCCUUCGUUGAGCUUUAGCAUAUAGUUCAAGAUCAUCCGUUUCGCUGCCUCACCCUGUAUAUCCAAGACUGUCCCUUACAAUAGUAGUUACUGUGUAGAUAAUCAUCUACGCCUGUGUAUAUAUAGAUCUUUACUCGAUCAAAUGUGAUGCCUUUUGUAUUAUUCGUAAUUUUUGUAUGUAAUGUACGAAUUAUUCCUAUUGUUGUAUUUUUAAGAAUUACUCAUUUUUAAUAUACGCUUUGUUAUAUAUA